GAGUCUGUGCGCUCAGAGCAAACUGCGCUCAGACAGAAACGCACAGAGAAACACACAGAGGAGCAGAAACAGAAACCAUUCACCUCCUCUCCAUCAUGGAUACUCUUUGGUCUCGUACCCUUCUCUUUGCUGGAUAAACUUUUGGACCUACACUCGUAUCAUGGGAAUAUACUGUCUGCGCGCUCGGUCCCGUGGAUGUCUAUAGUCUUGAUGGAAAGCAUGUCCCCGCAGCAGGGGACCAUGGGACAGAACAGGUCCGACUCUCUGACGGGAGGGGGCAAGGCUCUUCCCGACAACAAAAAGAAGAUGAAGACUUUGGCCCAGAGACGACAGUCGGCUCCCUCGCUGGUCAUCAGCAAAGCACUUACCAGAUCCAGAAGCACAUCCAGGGAAAACUGCUUGACGCCAGUCAGCCCGGAGUCCUGUCCCUUGGUCCAGGCCUUCCUGGCUGAGUGUCCACGCAGAUUAUUCUUGGGUCAUAUUCAAACGCAGCUGAAGACGGGCCUGCAGACCCAGGAGAGACACCUCUUCCUCUUCACCGACACGCUGCUCGUCGCCAAGGCAAAGUCUUCCACUCACUUCAAAGUGAAGGCCCAGGUCCGAGUGUGUGAGAUGUGGACGGCCAGCUGCCUGGAGGAGGUGUGUGAGGGAAGCACCAACCCAGAGAGGAGCUUCGUCAUGGGCUGGCCCACCUGCAACUGUGUGGCCUCCUUCAGCUCCGAAGAGCACAAGGACAAGUGGUUUGCACUCAUCAAAAGUCGGAUACUUGAGGGAAAAGAGAAGGACGACCCCAAGACCAUCCCUCUGAAGAUCUUUGCAAAGGAUAUUGGAAAUUGUGCAUAUGCCAAAACGCUUGCGGUCAGCCACACUGACAGCACCUCUGAUGUCAUCCGCAUGGCUCUGCUGCAGUUUGGCAUUUCGGGCUGUGAAAAAGAUCACAGGUUGUGGGUGAGUUCCAGUAAGGACGACCCUCCGUACCCUCUGAUUGGCCACGAGUUUCCCUUCAGCAUUAAGAUGAGCCACAUUCGGGACGGGGGGAGCAGCGUGGGGGGGGCAGGGAGGGAUCCAUCGACUCCCACAGACUCUCCAGGCGUUCUGCUGCUGGACCAGUGUCUCCCCCCCGACACCCAGUGCCAGUUCAUCCUCAAACACAGCAAAGUGACCCCGGGACAGACUUCACUUAUAGAGCCUGGUCAGCAGAAGUCCUUUAAGAGGAAGAGGUCUCUGAUCAACUGGCCUUUCUGGAGAGGCUCCAACACGCAGCUGGACGGCCUCCCCCUCUCCCCCACCUCCCUCUCCCCAACUCAGGGUCGUCUGUUCGGGCGCCCCCUGAGCUCCGUCUGCUCUCCAGACCACGGCCUGCCCAAGCCUGUCAUGGACAUGUUGGUGUUCCUGUUCCUCGAGGGGCCGUACACACGGGGCAUCUUCAGGAGGUCCGCCGGGGCCAAAGCCUGCCGGGAGCUGAGGGACCGAGUGGACAGUGGGAGCGAAGACCCCGAGAUCACACACCAGUCUGUGUUCGUCAUCGCUGCUGUCCUCAAGGACUUCCUGAGAAACAUCCCGGGCAGCCUGCUGUGUGUGGAUCUGUACGAGCAGUGGAUGGAUGUGAUGGAGGGGGAGGCGGGAGAGGAGAGGACGCAAGCUGUCCAAAGGUUGCUGCAGCUCCUGCCCAGCGACAACCUGCUGCUGCUGCGUCAUGUGAUCGCCGUGCUGCACUGUAUCCAAGGCAACGCCCACGACAACCAGAUGAACGCCUUCAACCUGUCCGUCUGCAUCGCUCCCAGCAUGCUUGGGGCUCCAGCGCCGAGCACCCCCGAGAUGGAGGGGGAGGGCACCAAAAAGGUGUGUGAGCUGGUCCGCCUCCUCAUAGAGAACUGCACCAUGGUGCUGGGAGAAGACGUGACCUCGCUGUUCAGGAGCUUCAGCCAGAAGAGCAGCAGCAGUGACCACGGCUCAGAUGUGUCGUCCUUCCAGAUGAACGACUCGUCCUACGACAGUCUGGAGAACGAGCUGAACGACGACCCCGAGUCUCCCUUCCAGGAGCAGCUUCCUCUUCGAGACAAAGACAAGCCGGACAGCCGCAGUCGAGACUCUGUCAUCACGCUGAGCGACUGCGACCCCGACCCUGACCCCGACACGGACCACCUGCUGCAGCUGCCCCCGCUGGCCAGGCCGCGCAGGUUCAGUCCCGCGGUCCGACAGCCUCGAACCCGCCAAUCAAACGGGGCGUCGCAGGGUCCCCGGAGACUGAGGAGGAGCUCAGAGCCCGCCUUGGCCCUGUCCAGCACUCCUCCAUCAGACACGUUGAUGCUGCACGCAGAUCUAACGGUGAGAAAGGUGAGCUACGACGCUGCCAUGGAGAGAGAGGAAGAGGAGGAAGAGGUGUUUCUGCAGCAGGGGCUGAGUGGACUACAGCUGAAGGAGGAGGAAGAGGAAGGUUGUGAGAAGGGAGGAGGAGCCAAAGUGCAGAACGGUGGGCGGAGGAAGAUGAAACAUGCCCCUCCUCCUCCGCUGCGAUUGGACGUCAGCUGCUCCAGUCUGUCGUCACCGGCGACCUCACCCACAGGCUCCUCCCUCAGCUCGUUAGACUCCGCCUUCUCACAGUACUCCACGGACUACGCCAGCAAUGGGGCAAAUCCAUUGGCCGAGCCGCCGCCACCGCUCUCCCCUCUGUUUCCUGGACGUCCUCCGCUGUCACCGAGAGACUCCCCGCCUCAGAGGGAAGCCCCGCCUCUUUGGCCCACACAGGGCACGAGGACCAAUCAAACGCCCCCUCACCAUCACGGCCUCCACCCUAACACGUGGCUAAAGAAGGACCGCCGCCUGUCACUAAAGCAAUCUGAUAAUGGACACUCAGAGGAGCCUGAAGUGAACGGGAAAACAGACACAAAUGGAAACAGCUGCUCUGACGUUCAGGAGGUCGAACUGAACCGAAACUGCGGGCGUAGAUCCAGCAGCCCUCCGUCGUACCAGCAGGCGUUACUGCAGCUGCAGCGCAGUCGCUCUCCUUUCUACAGGGGGACGGAGAAACCUCUGACGGUCCGAGAGCUGAGGCAGCUCCAAGACCCGACCCACAGAUCCACCAGCACCAAACCACUCACAGGAAGUGAGGUCACACACAGGACUGCUAGAAACGAGUGCGUGCAGCCGCCACAGGGUGUUUUCUACGGACAGAACGCCACGACCCUGAUCCUCAAGAAGCAAAAGUCUCACUCUAUAGCCCUCGAUGGACACAGAGGGCAAAGGACACUCCCUCUCCCCCGCCGAGCAUCUGAACCCUCCAAAGUCUCAGCGACCUCUCCCCCCUGCAGCCUCACUCUGGACAGACCUCGCUCCUCUAAGGCUCGGCCCAAAGAUGGCAGCCUCAGAGUGUCACAGGUGGAGCCCAACCACGCUGAGCCACGCUUCUGCCUGUCUCCCUCCGCCACCCGGGCUGUAAGGGACUACUUUUCCUCGCAGCAGGGUGAGGAGGAUGCGGACGCGUGCCUGCGGAGGAGUCAGGAGGUGGCGCUGGCCAUCGUUCAGGGGAAGAGGGACUGGCAGAGCAGGCGCUGCAGCGACCCGCCGGCGGAAGACUUUGACCAGCUUUUUUUUGCAGAAGAGUCAUACGUGUAAAUAAGGAACUCUGUACAGACGGAUUGUUUAUAAGAAACUGUUUUUUAUCUGUUUAAUUCACUUAAACAACUCAUUGUUGAUGUGAUAAUGUUCCCCCAUAUACACCCCUUUCAGUGGUAGUCAUCCAUAUACAAAAAGGUGUUCGUGGUACAGUCAAGGUUUUAGAUUUUAAAAGGUACCGAUGAACCUUGUUCGCCUCCUUGUGGUUGUUCACUACUCAAAUGUAUUCUGACUCCCUGUCAACAGUAGACUUUGAAGGCGUUGGUUAUAAUCCAUUAAAUUCAUUUUUGAUACCUCUUUCAUGUAUUUGAUGAAGUUGCUUUGUAACACUGCAGUUAGGGGUCCUACAAUGCUUCAUUAUUAGGCAGUAAUGCUUGAUUCUGUGAAUUCAAUACAGACAAGAUGUGAUUCAUUGGACAUCUGGGUCCCUAAACAAUCGUUAUAGCUGCUGUCAAAACAAGUCAGAGUUACAGCUCGGGUACCAAAGAAAUCUGGUUCCUCUAAAAAGUAUUUAGUGUAUCCUUGUUUUGGAAUGUGAUGAAGCUUUUUAAAAAGAAAUGAAGGAAGAGGACCUCCUCAGAAAUGAAAGAGAAAGGACAAAGAAGUUUUGUUUUAUUCGCUUGAGGCUUUUCAAAUGAAAACAUUUUUUUACCAGCCAGCAGAAAACCCCUUGAGACUGGUGGGAAAUCAUGGCCAUGACUUGGUUUUUAACAGAAAAACACAUCAAAUUGAUUUAAAAUUUGGCAAAAUGUUCAUGGAACUUUAAACUUGACUGUAUAUUAUUGUAGUCUUCGCACUUUUCUUGUUUAGAAAGAAGCAAAUCAAAGUUUUUUUUAUAAGGAAAUGCAAUAAACGUGAGCAUUAUGACAACUGUGACUUCAUGCAAAUACUAUGAAAUGACUUUACAUGUCAUCCACAACGUUUUAGAGAAUUACCAACCCUGUACCCAUUUGAAAACACCUUCAAAUUUGUAUCUUUUAUGACAAAUUGUCUCUGUAAAGUGGAACCCUUUCCCCCAGUGAGUGAAGCGCUUGUCCGUGUGAAUCAGUGAAUCAAUAGGGCCGGUAUUUAUUCAUGUGAGCCGAGUUUCCAGACACACAGCACACAGUGUUGUCCUGCAGCUCUGGUUUAUAUCUCUGUGACCUGGGCAGAGGAGGGAGGGAGGAGGAAGAAGAGGAGGUGUGUGUGUGUGUGUGUGUGUGUGUGUGUGUGUGUGUGUGUGUGUGUGUGUGUGUGUGUGUGUGUGUGUGUGUGUGUGUGUGUGUGUGUGUGUGUGUGUCAAUAUGUUGUUGCAAAUGGUGUGUUCAUUGAAACUGUGUCCUGAGCAGGAAUGUGAGAAAAUGCGUGCCAUUGAAGGAGAAAUGUGUUUUUAUUCUUGCUUGUAUGGCACUUCAUUAUUCUAUAAAGAAACCUUUUCAGUCUCACCAGAAUGACAAGGAUACAGUGUGUGUGUGUGUGUGUGUGUGUGUGUGUGUGUGUGUUAAUACUCCACACGUAUCUUUUAACUGUUGUAUGGUUUGUCCAUAAUUGUAUAAUAUUUUUGUUCCAGUGCUGCAGUCGUUGCGAUGAUUUCUAGGGUGUCACUUAACAAUAAAUGACCUUAUUUCACUGUGCAUUCAUCAACAGAAAGUAUGUAAAUUCAUACUUACAAAUAAAUAUUCAUAGCACAAUAUAGGAGCAGUUUUCACAAGUUUAAACCCAGUGUUGUUAUGAGCUCAUCAUAGCUUUCCCUAAGGACACACACUGCAAUAAGGUCAUGUUAAGCGGUACCACUUUAAAUGAUCUCAAAAUGUACUUUAUCCUGUAUUAAUAUUUUACAUGUUAUCUCCAUUACAGUGAAUUCUGUUUAACUUGUAUAAUUCUGCUAUAUUUAUGAUACAGAAAUAUAUAAAUAUAUAUAUGAAAUCUUAUCCUGAUACUUUGGUAUGUUUUGUUGUGUGAGAAAAUCAAAUGUGUAUUUUUGUACAUGCCAAUUCUGCUGCUGCUGUCUCUAUAGAAAGUAUAUUUGCUACAAAAUGCACCAUCUGUAUAUUGUGUAAAUUUGAUGUCAAAUGCUCGCGAGAACAAAAUAUCAUUGAUUUUAAUAAAUGUUGCUCUUGUGAAACUAC